AUGGAACGUAAGAAGCUGCUGCUUUCAGUCCUAGAAAAAUGUCCAAAUCUUAAAACCCUGAAAAAAAUCCAUGCCAGGGCGACAACUCUGGGGCUACUGCAAAACCAUAACCAAGCCUUGUCAUGCAAAAUACUCACUACCUACGCUAAUCUGAACUUCCCAAAUGAUGCAAACAAAGUCUUCAACAGAAUCGAGCAACCAGACAUAGUUUCAUGGACUUGCCUCAUUAGCCUUUUCUCACGAUACAGAAACCCCAUCAAAUCUGUCUUUGCCUUCUCCCAGUUGAUGCGUGCCGGUUUAAGACCCGAUAGUUAUUCCGUCGUUGCCGCCUUGUCAGCUUGCGGUAAAAGCGAAGAUUUGCUUAAUGGAAAGCUAAUCCAUGGACUUAUUUUGAAAUAUAACUUGGGUUUUAAGAUCUCAAUUGUCGGAAAUGCUCUUAUUGAUAUGUAUAGUAGAAAUGGCGAAAUUAUAGUGGCUGAAUUAGUUUUUGACUGUAUGUAUGUUAAAGAUGUUGCUUCUUGGAAUAGUUUGCUGAAUGGUUUUAUUUUGUGCAAUGAUUUGGAGGCUUCGCGCCGCGUGUUUGAUAAAAUGCCCAAGAGAAAUGAAGUUUCGUGGUCGGCUUUAAUAUCUGGGUAUGUAAAAGUGAAGGAACCGUUGGUGGGAACGAAGCUCUUUAAGGAAAUGAGAAGUCAGGGGAAAGUUAAUCCCACAAUCGUUACUGUAGUUGCCGUUCUUGCCGGCUGUGCCAAUAACGGGGCUCUUUAUUUUGGUGGGAGUGUUCAUGGUUAUGUUAAGAAAGUCAAUUUGGAUGCAAAGAAGAAUGUUGUUUUGAGUAAUGCUUUGAUGGAUAUGUAUUCAAAGUGUGGUUACCUCGGUGUUGCAGGGACGAUUUUUAAUGAAAUGUGUUUAAGAGAUGUGUUUUCUUGGACUAUUAUGAUAACCGGAUGUGCGUUCCAUGGGAAAGGAAAACAAGCUCUGCAGCUGUUUUCCGACAUGAAAGAAUCGAAUGUUGCUCCAAAUGAGGUGACAUUUUUGUCUCUUGUCUCAGCAUGUAACCAUGAAGGGUUGUUUGUUGAGGGGCAGGAGUUGUUUAGGGAUAUGGUUCGAUGCUAUGGUUUUAAACCCAUGAUUGAGCAUUACGGAUGUGUCGUGGACCUUCUUGGGCGAGCCGGGCUUUUGGAAGAAGCGAAAAUGUUAAUCGAUGAAAUGCCUAUGUUGCCAGACGCCGUUAUUUGGAGGUCAUUAAUUUGUGCUUGUUUGACCCAUGGGGAACUGGAUUUAGCAGAGGCUGCAGGAGAGAAGCUUAUGAAACUAGAACCGGAGGAUGAUGGGGCGUAUGCACUUUUGUCACAUGUGUAUUUGAGGUCGAAUAGGCAUGAAGAUGCCUUAAGGAUUAGGAAGUUGAUGAGAAAUAAAAGGAUUAGGAAAAUACCUGGAUGUAGUUGGAUUGAGGUGAACGGUAGUGUUCAUCAAUUUCUAGCUGAAGAUGCUGCUGCCGCCGCCGCCGCUGCUGCUGGUGACAUUUACUGGAUUCUAGAAUGCAUCGGUGAACCCAACAGAGAAUUUCUUUGGUUAGAGUUGGAAUAAUUCAAUCACUCCAAGCUGCUGCAUUCCUUUGUUAUCUAUUUCUUUGGGCUAAUUUAAUAUUGUUUUUACGGUUGAUUGAUUCCAAAAGCGAUCCAUAUAGUUUGCU